GGGGUGCUGCGCGCGGCGGGGAGGGGAGCGGAGCGAAGGCGGUGUCCCCCGCGUGCGAGCGAGCGAUGCCGCCCGCCUCGCAGCCCUUUGUUGUGGGCGGGCUGCGGGCGCCGCCGCGAUGCCGGGCCGGGCUGCGGGCUGCCGGCCGCCAGGCUGCUUGGAAAGGGCACCCUUUGCUGAUCAUCACAUCAUGCAACCUCAGAGUACCACAAGAUGACUUUUUCAGGCUAUUCCUAAUUCUGUUCAUGGGACCCUGCCUGGAUAGACAUGGAAGUUGGAGCUCUGCUGUUAAUGGGUAUCUGAUCCCAAUUUGGUCAAUGGCCAAGGAACAUGAUACUGCCCUUACAGGUUGAAAUGCCUUGAAGACUUUUGGCUCUGCAUACAUUCAUCCUGAAGCAAUGGUUUUCUCUGUAUUGUUGACAUCUGCCCAUUCUGGGACAUCAAAUGCUACUUUUAUUGUCUAUGAAAAUGUCUAUACGAAUUUUACUACUCCCCAAUUUCAGAUUCGUAGUGGCACAACACAGCCAUUGAAAUACAGUCCAGGUGCCAUGGUCACCCCUGAGUUAAGUACUUUCCUAGUGAACACUACAGCUAUCCUGCCAUCACAAGAAGUUUUCAAGCGCUUGAGUCUGCCACUCCAGAUCAUUCUUUCUGCUGCUAUGAUAUUUAUACUAUUGGUUUCUUUUUUAGGAAACUUUGUCGUCUGCCUCAUGGUCUACCAGAAGGCUGCCAUGCGAUCUGCAAUUAACAUUCUCUUAGCAAGCCUGGCUUUUGCAGAUAUGUUGCUUGCAGUGCUGAACAUGCCUUUUGCUCUGAUAACCAUCAUUACUACUCGGUGGAUUUUUGGGGAUAUCUUCUGUAGAGUCUCUGCUAUGUUUUUCUGGCUGUUUGUUAUAGAAGGGGUAGCCAUCCUACUCAUUAUUAGCAUUGAUAGAUUCCUCAUUAUUGUCCAGAGGCAAGAUAAACUGAACCCUUACCGUGCUAAAUUUCUUAUAGUUAUAUCAUGGGCUACAUCCUUUAUUGUGGCUUUUCCACUAUCUGUUGGGACCCCUAAUCUGCAGAUACCCUCUAGAGCCCCUCAGUGUGUUUUUGGCUAUUCCACAAGCCCUGGCUACCAGGCUUAUGUGGUUAUAAUAUUGCUUAUUUCUUUCUUUAUUCCAUUCAUGGUGAUGCUGUACUCUUUUAUGGGCAUACUCAACACUGUACGCCACAAUGCAGUUCGUAUCCAUAGCCAUCCUGACAGCAUAUGCCUCAGCCAGGCCAGCAAACUUGGUCUCAUGAGUCUUCAGAGACCUUUUCAAAUGAACAUUGAUAUGAGCUUUAAAACUCGUGCCUUCACAACCAUAUUGAUCUUGUUCAUUGUCUUCAUAAUCUGUUGGGCACCAUUCACCACCUACAGCCUUAUUGCAACAUUCAAUGGCCACUUUUACCACAAGCACAACUUUUUUGAGAUAAGCACUUGGCUCCUUUGGCUCUGCUACCUCAAGUCUGCACUGAAUCCGCUGAUUUACUACUGGAGGAUUAAGAAAUUCCACGAUGCAUGCUUAGACUUAGUGCCCAAGUACUUCAAGUUUUUGCCACAGCUACCUGGUCAUACAAGGAGACGCAUUCGGCCUAGUGCCGUCUAUGUGUGUGGGGAGCACCGGUCAGCCGUGUAAUACUGCAGCUAAUAGACAUGAUGGUUAUUUUCUGGGAUUAUUUGAAUAUAUGUGGUGUUUGUUUAUAAAAUAUGGCUCCUUCAACUGCCAUAUCGCUGACUUAAGUUUUUCAUUACUUUGUGCAAUUUGGAGGAAAAAAGUGAUUGAUUAUAGUUGGUUUACUACCAGAAUAUAAUGUAAACAGAAUUACAGAUGUUACCUCUAGGAUUCAGUUGAAAUCCAUUCUUUUUUAAAAAAAUUACAUUUGUAAUACUUGUCAGGUUUAUGCUUACUAAGCCUGCAAUUGCAUUUAAUUGUAGGGUUUUUUAUGCUGCUAAGGUACAGUAUAUUAAGAUGGUGUAAUUUUUCUGAAUAUGUUGCUGCUUUCUGUCAAGAUAUUAGAGCCAAAAAGUUUCAUUUAAUUUUAACAAGUUAGGAGUUUUGGUGAUGGCAUUGGAAGCCUUUUUUCCCCCUUUUAUUAAUAUUUCAGUUAAUAUUUUGUGCACUUUACAAACUUGAUACAAAAAUCUACUUUGAAUAUUUUGUUGCCAGUUGAGAGAGCUUUUUGGAUAUGGAUUAUUUGACAUGUUAUAGUGUUGCUUUAAUGAAAGACCUGCUUAGCCCUAAGGAGGGCAAUUACUGUUGGUGCACUUAUAAUUAAAACAACUGCUUUGCUGGGGGGGGGG